AUGAGAUGUCCAGCAACAACAAUUCUCAACAACCAGAGAAUCAUGGAUCUCAUUUCAGGCCACUAUAAUUAUAAGAAUGAUGACAAUUCCGAAAAACAUGUUUGGUUCACAAAUGAAGUUGUAAAUAAAUUGAAUGAUGUUGUAAUUGUUUGCCAAGAAGAAACAAGUAAAAUUAUAACAGUUAAUGCAGCUUUCGAAGAAUUAUUCGGCAUCAAACAACAGGAUAUUGAAAACACUCCAAUCAAAGAUUUCUUUACAGAAGAAAGAUUCAAAUAUGAUGAAAAUAUAGACAGAGUUUUCACAAAAACAACAGAUUUAGUUUUUCUCAACAAGUCAGGGAAUAAUGUUUAUUUGGAGUUUUCAACAUCAGCGAUAUCAGGAAGAAGAAUUUAUUCAGGAAGAGAUCAAACACAAAUUGUUAUGCAUGAAAAGCUUAUUGUUGAUGAGAGGAAGAAAUCAGAUGCUAUGCUAUCAAGUAUUUUACCACCAAUGUUAGUUCCAAGAUUUCAAGCUGGAGAAAAGAAUAUUUCUUUCAGUGUACAAAGUGCAACAGUUUUAUUCUUGGAUGUUGUUGAAUUCACGCCAUGGUGUGGUUCUCAUGAUGCUCAAUAUGUCAUGAGAAUGUUAAACAUCAUGUUCAAAGAAUUCGAUGCGAUAACAAAUGCCCAUAAAACAAUGACGAAAUUAUGGGAAAUAAAAAAAUUACUAAAUAUUGUAUUCAUACAAAUAUAUUAUUUUAAAGGAAAAAUAGAUGCUGAUAGAAACGAUGAAAAAUUUUGA